AUUUAUAACGUUGCUGCUAGGGGGACACAAAAAAAACAUACAGCUCGCUCAGCGUUGCUGAGACGUUGUUUUUUAAAUGUCUGAAGAAUCGUGAGGUUGUGUCGGAGGGUUUUCUGAGGCCGUGUUUUUAUUAUUUUUUUUGUGUGUGGUGGAGCGGAUUCUCAAGGGGGGGGAAGAUGUGCGAUGGAAUAGCAGAGUCAAUCUCAAACGCCUUUUGGGCCCACACCUCAGCCAGUGAGCGGUCCUUUGUGUUGCUGCUGGUACUGACCCUAGCGUCCACUGGCCAAGGCUCAGGAUGCGUGAGGCCCUACAUGGUCCAGAACAGCUGGGUAAACCUCACAGAGACCAACAGAGGCUUGUUCCCUGUGGGCACGGUGCUGCAGUACAGCUGUGACCCCGGUUACUUGCCCGAUGGACCCAGCAUCCUCACCUGCACCGCAUCAGGGCGGUGGUCCUCAGAACCUCCUCAGUGUAUACGAAGCGGGGCAUGCCUACCCCUGUCCAAACCCGAGAACGGGGGCUACACCUGCCAUCCAUCCCCAUGUCGAUUGUUUUCCCAUGGCACUAUAAUUGAGUUCAUCUGUAAUGAGGGCUUUGCACUCAGUGGAGACUAUCCCUACCUGACCUGUCAGGAUGGGCAGUGGGACGGACCCAUGCAGAUCAGUUGUGUGAGCAAAGGUUGCAUUAGACCCUCUGUGGUCCUGCACGGUUCAACUAAUCAGAUGGACACCAACAGGAGCCUGUUUCCAGUGGGCGCAGUCCUGCAGUACAGCUGUGAUCCCGGCUACCUGCUGGUCGGACGCAGCAUCCUCACCUGCACCUCCAUCGGAGACUGGUCCUCUAACCUUCCUCGCUGCAUACGCAACGACGUCUGCCAACCUCCAUAUCAGCCAGAAAACGGAGGUUACACGUGCCACCCAUCCCCCUGCAGGCGAUUUUCUCACGGCACUGUCGUGGAGUAUUUCUGUGAUGAAGGUUACAUCCUGAAAGGAGACUACAAAUUCAGAACCUGUCGCUAUGGAAAGUGGGACAACACAUCGCCAGUGAGCUGUGUUAUUAAACAAGGCUGUGUAAGACCCUCCAUGGUGGAACAUGCCUUAACUAACCUAACUGAGAUGAACAGUAGCCUGUUCCCCGUGGGGUCCGUGCUGCAGUACAGCUGCGACCCUGGUUACCUGUUGGAAGGAGCCGGCAUCCUCACCUGCACCACACCUGGACACUGGUCCUCGGAGCCCCCUCGCUGUAUACGCGGUGACGUGUGCGAUUCUCCGCAUCAGCCGGAGAACGGAGGCUACACCUGCCACCCGUCCCCGUGCCGAAGGUUCUCUCAGGGCACUGUGAUCGAAUAUUUUUGCGACGAAGGCUACGUUCUGAAAGGAGAAUAUAAAUACCUGACCUGCCAGUAUGGGCAGUGGGACAACCAGAUGAAGAUAAGCUGUGUCAUGGAGCAAGACCACAUUCCAACUUUGCCAUUGGGAAUGCCGGCCUUGUCCAUAGUUGCUUCCACAGCAAGUUCAGUGGCUUUGAUCCUGCUCCUGGUGGUGCUGUUUGUACUUUUGCAGCCUAAACUCAAGUCCUUCCAUCGGCGUGACCACGGGGUGUCGGGCCAGCCUGUCUCCAUCAUGGUGGAAGGGGUCCAGGUGACUCUUCCCUCCUACGAAGAGGCCGUGAGCAGCACCGGAGCCUCAACGCUCAGCCCAGAGUCUAGAGUCCAGAUAGUGUUGUCUGAGGGCCAGCACGCCUCGGCGCUGGAGGCCGGCCCGCCCAGGCCGUCUUCGCUCAAACAGCAGCAGUCCGAGAUGCCUGCGGUUCACCCUGUGCUGCAGUCCUCCUCUUCCUCGCCGUUGUCUUCUGGUUGGAUUCUGGACCACGCAGGUGCAACCGGAGGCACCUCAGCCACACGCAGAAGGCCGUCUGCAGGCAGCGACCAACACAGCCUGUCGCUAGACUCUGAGAUGGACUACACUGACGAUAUGCCCUUACUGAAGGAGGCUUGAAACCUGCAGAGAAGACGACUGACCUGCACUGGUUUGCAGACUUUUUAUCAACAGAGAUGACGCCAGUCAGGGAGAGAUGCGCUCAGUCACUCUGAAGAGCUCAUCCAACCAUCCCAAAGGAACACAAAGGAGGAAAUCUCAUGUACAUAUGCUUACUUACGUUAGGCAUCCCCACAGUGUGAAUGUUUGUCUACUUUCUGAAAAUGCAGAAGAAAUGAACGGAGCAGACAGGUUGGAUGGAACGUGUUUUUAAAAAAAAAAGAUAACGGCUGAUGCUUUGCAUUAUUUUGUAAAAAAACAAAAAUCUGUUUACGAUAACUUUACUUAAAUCACACAUCACUUAAGAAACACACUUGCUAAGAUGCAUGAACCCACGUUCCUGUUGACGUAGUGAAAAGCUUUUAGUGUUUUCUUCUAACUUUUUGUACGUUUAAGUCAUCAGAUACAUCCUUUUAUGUCACCGUGCGGGACAGUCCUGCGCAUCCUUUUUCUCCUAUUCUCUCUUCAUGCUUGUACUCUUUCCCUUAUAAGGCCUUAGCUUUCCCACUUCUAUGCACAGGUAUCUAUAUUAUGUGAAAUAAGGAGUUGUAAAAGUGAAUGUCCUCACUGCUUAGUGAUCGAUUACUUGUGGCAUUGUGAAACACCUCACGUGUACACCUGAAGAUAUUGUCUUUGUUAAUUUAUUGAGGCGGCUGGGAAACCCCCUGCUAGCAGCCUAGACGUGUUUGUAACUUAUUUGUGCCGAGCAAGCUGUUGAUCAGCUGUCGUGAUGCCUCCGUAGCUGGCGUGUUAGUUUUAGUUCGGCUGCCGUGACAUCAGAUGUGACGUGAAGUGUUUGGGAAGACCCGCCCGCCAGAAGAAGGAAAAAAAAAAAAAAAAAAAGAGCAAAUGUACAGAUAAGUGUUAUUUCAGUGUUUGCUUUAUUUGACCUUCCAUUGAGCUCCCCUUUUAGAUUAAAGGGUGUAUGUUUUUGUUACGGCUGCGUUCUAAUAUAUGUAAAAAGUUUUAAGGUCUGGCUAUUCUGUAUAUAUCUUGUAAAUUUGAUUAAAUAUUAUUUCAUGUGUUCAA